AUGUUUGAACCCGGGUAUGGAGCUAUCAAGCGCUUCAAAGGUAGCCUUAGGUUAAAAGCCGACGCAAAUCCCGUUUUUUGUAAGGCGAGACCCGUUCCAUAUGCUUUGCGCGAGCAGGUGGAAAAAGAAUUGGCAGACUUAGAAAAAGCCGGUGUCAUUUACCGGGUCAAGCACAGUACGUGGGCCACGCCUGUAGUGAUCGUGCCGAAAAGUGGUGGCAAAGAAAUAAGGAUAUGUGGGGACUACAGAGUAACGGUGAACCAGGCCAUUGAAGUGGACCACCAUCCUUUACCACUUCCUGAGGACGUCUUUACGACCCUGGCUGGUGGAACCGUGUUUACAGUUUUGGAACUCUCUAGGGCCUAG